AGUCACAUGCGUCAAAUUUCAACAAAAUGGCUCCAGUUCCUUUUUAUCUUUGAAUGGUGUGAAUAAUCAAAUUCUUAUCGUGUCUUUUAUUAUCGACCGUAAUAACAAUUAUGAUACCAAUAAAUAUGCAUAUUCCAAGAACGUUCUAUAAAUAGUUCUAAUAAUGCUGAAUAGUGUAUAAUUUUGACUUCUCGGACGCGAAACAGUUUUUCUAGUUGUAUCCUUGAACAAAGUGAUAACAAUAAAAAUAUUUGGGUAAUGGGCGAUAUGGAUAUCUUGGGGCCCAUAAUAAUCGUGGCCCUGUGCGUCGUUGUAUUUUCGAUUUGCGGCUGGUGUUGUAGAAGGAAAAAACGAGAGGGUACAGUUUAUGGCUAUGGUCCCAGUGUAACUGUUACUUCACAACCCGUACCGAAUCAGCAACCGUAUCCGGUGCAUGGAGGUCCACCGCCACCUGGGGUUUAUCCACCUGGAGGUUAUCCCCCGGCAAUGCCCCAACCUGGCUACUACCCACCACCUCCUGCCAUGGGUCAAUAUCCACCUCCGAAUGUUGGAACAGGAGGUUAUCCUCCUCCAGCUGGACCAUAUCCUCCUGGACCUGCAGGUCCUUACCCACCUGGAGCAUACCCACCUGCAGGUUAUCCACCUCCGCAAGCCGGCGGUUACCAAGCACACCCCCCACCGUAUGACGUAGCAGUGUCGAUGCCCCCAGGACAACCACAACCGCCCCAAACUGAGGCUUAUGGGAAACAGGCCCCCUACAAUCCCCACUACCAGAGUUAAGUUUCAAUCGAGUAUUUAAACGUUACACGUACAUAUAUUAUAGGAAAUAUUAUAAAUUAUGGUAAAUCUAAUUGACUCCGGUGAAGUGCGGGCUGAAUUGAAAACUGCCAAAGAUGGGUGGAAAGUGUAUUGAAAAUAUGAAUAAUGUCUCAUUUAUAUUACUGCGCUUCUAAUAUUUUAAUCCUUGUAUAUUUUCUUAUUAUUAUGGAGACUGUUUAAGUAUUAGUUAUUUGUUUGUAACAAAAAAUACAUAAAUAUAUUAUUCUUUAAAUGUU